AUGGCAAGUUUCAUCACACCAGAAUACUCUGAUGAGCUCCUAAAUUUUGUCAAUGAGGUUUACACGCAAGAUAUUGCUCACUACUUUCCGAAGUUACGAUUAGAAAAGCUGAUAGAUUUGCUCGAGCAUGCCGAAUAUCUGUUUGAAUCUUAUUGCCAGGCUCUAAAACAAGAUCAAAAAGAGGACCUACUCACCGCGUACGUGGUGGGUUGCUUCUAUAUAUAUUUGAUCAUACCGCAGUCGAUCCAGUUUAACUCUCGAGAUAAGUCGUAUGCCAUCUAUGUGGAUCUCAAAAAGUAUUACCAAGAUGAAACGCACAUGACGAAUGUUUUACUGAUGGUUACAAGCGUCAUAGACUCCAUGGGCAAAAAUGAGCUCGCAAAUUCUCGGAUAUAUCGUCAGAGAGCUUACUCGGUCCCCCAUAAAGUCGCAAUUAAACCGCUAGGAGCUUUUGCUCCAUCUGAGAAACAGAUUAAUUCUUCUGAUGAUGCUGAUAUAGAAAACGAUUCGACGAUGUGGACAGCGCCUGAUCUGGAACCUAACGACCACCUCAAGGUUAACUUGGGCUCUUUGAGUUCUUCAGCAUCCCUCACGACCGACCAGAUCUUCAAAAAGACGCCUUCUCCUUCUUUCGAUGAACAGGAACCGGUUUCAAUUGCCAACAACCUGGAAAUAAGAGAUCAGACAGGCUUCGCUCCUUCAAAUGCAAGUUUCAAGCAAAAAGUAGACAAGAACUUUAACAGUGAUGGCAUACACUCUCAGGGAAUAGAUCGAUAUAAAACGCAUAGAAAAGAUUCUUACCAUUCGGUUUAUAUGGUGGGCGACGAUUAUGACACCUUCAAUUUCAACCUGGCAAGGCUACAAAAGCAAGCUAUCAUAGGAUGUGAUCAAUUAUUGGACACUUUGUCAAGCAGCAACAAGGAACACCUACUAUUGGUUGAUCUGAGACCUCUAAAAAGAUUUCGCUCAAACCAUAUUGUUGCACCAAAUCUCGUCAACAUAGAUCCAAACGACCUUUUGGAUAAAGCGACGAAUGCAGUAGCAGAAAAUGACAGUCAAAUUCAACCUCUUGAGGGCGGUGAUUUUUUUGAAAGAAGAUCGGAAUAUGAACGUAUCGUGUAUUACACCGAUAUGAAAACCUUUAUGCGAUUGAGCUUUGACUAUCAAUUAAUCUUUUUCCAACUGAUAUAUGCCUCGAGCAAGCCGUUGCGCUGUGUACCGGAAGUGCUUUUGGGUGGUUACGAUCAAUGGAAACGGUUUGUUACGAAGAUUUCCCAGACCCGUCCAAUCGUUAAAGAGGAAUUCUUGUACAGGCUACCUGCUAGCGACUCUUUGCAAGUUAACGAUUCCACACCUGAAACUCGAACUCAAAUCUUGGCCCCUCCGUCGGUGCCUCCACCGCCUCUGCCUGUUAAUGCUAAUACCGACCGGCUGCAAAAUCCUUACGAUCGCCCGCCGUAUCCACUGCCAUCUAAGGAGCUUUUAUAUAGGGAGCCUAACCGGAGUAAAACUGUUCCACAAAUCCGCACGCAGCAUGUAUUGAUACCGUCCCACCAGCAUCAGCAUCAGCAUCAACAUCAGCAUCAGCAUCAGCAUCAGCAUCAGCAUCAGCAUCAGCAUCAGUAUCAGCAUCAGCAUCAGUAUCAGCAUCAGUAUCAGUACCAGCAUCAGCGUCAGGGCCAUCAUCACCACGGAGCUAAUGAACCUUGUUAUUUUGUUCCCACGAUAGAAGAGAGCUCAAACGAAUAUGUUUCUCUUUCUAUCACAGGGCUGCGAAAUCCCGGCAAUACGUGCUAUAUUAAUAGCAUGAUCCAGUGCUUAUUUGCUAGUAAGAAUUUUCGGGAGCUUUUUCUCUCCAGCAAGUACGAGAAAUACUUCUCGCCCAAGUACCGCAAUCCAAACCAACUCUCGAAGUUUUUCCAUCUCCUUUUCAAAAAAAUGUAUCUUAACGGUGGUUGUUCGGUUGUUCCGACGGGGUUUUUGAAAGCCUGCAAUGCUCUUCGCCCGGAUUUCAAAAUUCCUCAUGACCAACAGGAUACACAAGAAUUCCUGCUGUUUCUAUUAAGCCAGCUUCAUGAUGAGCUAUCUGAGCCGAAUCAUGUUGCAAACGACUACCCUGAUCUUUUACUUCAUGACGACGAUAAAUUGGAUGUGGACAGGAAAGAGUACGAUACUUGGUUUGAGAGACAUAUUUCGACAAAUGGGAUCUCACCGAUUGAUGACAUUUUCCAGGGCCAAAUCGAAAAUGGGCUAUUGUGCCAGCGUUGCGGGCACUCUUCUUAUAACUACUCGGUGUUUUACGUCUUAUCGUUGGCCAUACCCAGUAUCACAUCAGCAUUUGGACAAAAGAAGAAAGUGAGACUCGAAGACUGCAUCAAUCUGUACACUAGUGAUGAACAGUUGACAAAUGAGAAUGCGUGGGACUGUCCAAAAUGUGGUAGCUCUGCCUCUGGGCAAGGUCCUGACGAUGAGCGGAGGAAAAAGAGGUUUCUACUGUCUCCUGAUAGCAAUAGCAGUGGUGGACGAAGCAAAUUCUUCAAGUUAAGAACCAAGCCUAGGAGCAGAUCAAGAUCUCCUUUCAGCAAACAAAACACCUCGGCUUCUAAUCCAAAAGAAUGGAGGCAGAAAAAGCUGGCGUCGAUAAAAACCCUCAAUUUUAUAUCUCUGCCCUCCGUGCUAACAAUUCACUUGUCAAGGUUUUUCUAUGACCUCACAAAGAAGAAUAACAAGGUUGUGACCUACCCGUUGACCCUUGGUAUUGUACUGAAAAAUGAUGAAGUGGUAAACUAUCGUCUUUUUGCCAUCGCGAAUCAUUUUGGUAAUUUGGUCAGCGGCCACUACACCUCUUUAGUGAACAAGAACCUGACACACGACCUUAGCAAUGGCAAACAGAAAUGGUAUUACUUCGACGAUGAAGUUGUGAAAGAAGAUGCAAAUCAUGGGGAUAUUGAUGCUGGCAUCACAAGCGUCUCUAGCAGCGAUGUGUAUGUUCUGUUUUAUGAGAGAAUAAGGAACUGA